CAACAACAACAAACAAACAAUGUUAUUGUAAUCACCACAUUUUCUUAUAGUUGGUCUUUUUUUCUACCGAGUGUUGUGGGAAGAAAAAGCAAUGGAAGAUGAUGGCUUGGUGCUGUUGUUCUAUGCUAAUGCAGCUAACCAUCGCAGCAAGUUCAGCUCUAUCAUGGUUCCUCUUCUGCUCCUGCUUUUCCUCCUCUCUCCACUUGCCUCGCCAUUCAGUGAAGAAGGACAAGCAUUAAUGGUGAUGAAGGCUUCCUUCAUCAAUAUGGCGGACGUACUCCUUGACUGGGAUGACGUGCACAAUGACGACUUUUGCUCUUGGCGUGGAGUUUUCUGUGAUAAUGUCAGCCUUACCGUGGUAUCUCUGAAUCUGUCCAGCUUGAACCUUGGUGGGGAAAUAUCGCCGGCCAUUGGUGACUUGGGAAACUUGCAAUCUAUAGACUUGCAGGGGAACAAGCUAACUGGUCAAAUCCCAGAUGAAAUUGGAAACUGUGCAGCACUUGUUCAUCUGGAUUUGUCUGACAAUCAGCUAUAUGGGGAUAUAUCUUUUUCCAUAUCAAAGUUAAAGCAACUCGAGUUUUUGAAUUUAAAGAGUAAUCAAUUGACUGGUCCAAUUCCUUCAACUUUAACCCAAAUUCCAAACCUGAAGACUCUGGAUCUUGCUAGAAAUAAGCUCACUGGGGAGAUACCAAGGCUUCUCUAUUGGAAUGAAGUCUUGCAGUAUCUUGGGUUGCGAGGGAACUUGUUGACUGGAACUUUGUCCCCUGAUAUCUGUCAAUUAACUGGUUUGUGGUAUUUUGAUGUGAGGGGCAAUAAUCUGACUGGUACUAUACCUGACAGCAUUGGGAACUGUUCAAGUUUUGAAAUCUUGGACAUAUCAUAUAAUCAGAUUUCUGGGGAGAUUCCCUACAAUAUUGGAUUUCUGCAAGUGGCUACUUUGUCACUUCAAGGAAAUAGGUUAACUGGGAAGAUUCCAGAAGUCAUUGGUUUAAUGCAAGCCCUUGCAAUAUUGGAUCUGAGCGAAAACGAAUUAGAGGGAUCAAUUCCUCCAAUACUUGGCAAUCUGACUUUUACUGGCAAACUGUACCUUCAUGGAAACAAGCUUUCUGGUGCCAUUCCUCCAGAACUUGGCAAUAUGUCCAAGCUUAGCUAUUUGCAAUUGAAUGACAAUCAAUUAGUGGGUAAAAUUCCAGAUGAAAUAGGGAAGCUUGAACAUCUUUUUGAAUUGAACCUGGCAAAUAAUCUUCUUGAUGGAUCAAUUCCGCAUAACAUCAGCUCCUGCACUGCCUUAAAUCAGUUUAAUGUGCAUGGUAAUCGUUUAAGUGGAUCCAUUCCAUUGAGUUUCCGCAGCCUGGAGAGUUUGACGUACUUAAAUCUAUCUACAAACAAUUUUAAGGGGAACAUUCCAGUUGAGUUGGGGCAUAUCAUUAAUCUUGAUACACUGGAUUUGUCAAGCAAUAAUUUUUCAGGGCAUGUACCAGCAUCUGUUGGUUAUCUUGAGCAUCUCCUGACCCUAAACUUGAGUUAUAAUCACCUUGAUGGGCCCUUACCUGCCCAAUUUGGGAAUCUCAGAAGCAUUCAAUUAAUUGAUUUGUCAUUCAACAACUUGUCUGGUAGCAUACCUUCAGAAAUUGGACAGCUGCAGAAUCUUGUUUCUCUGAUUAUGAACAGCAAUGAUUUGCAGGGGAAGAUUCCUGAUCAGCUGACUAACUGUUUCAGUCUUACUUCCGUAAACUUUUCGUAUAAUAAUCUUUCUGGUGCAAUUCCUUCAAUGAGGAACUUCUCUCGGUUUUCAGCUGACAGCUUCAUCGGAAAUCCUUUAUUAUGUGGAAACUGGGUAGGAUCAAUUUGUCGUCCUUACGUACCAAAAUCAAGAGAGAUAUUCUCAAGAGUUGCUGUUGUAUGUCUCACACUGGGUAUCAUGAUGUUGUUGGCAAUGGUAAUUGUUGCUUUCUAUAAAUCCAGCCAAUCGAAGCAACUGGUUAAAGGAUCUAGCCUAACUGGGCAAGGGCCUCCUAAACUUGUUAUUCUUCAUAUGGAUAUGGCUAUCCACACCUUGGAUGAUAUAAUGAGAAGUACUGAGAAUCUCAAUGAAAAAUAUAUCAUAGGGUAUGGUGCCUCUAGUACUGUAUACAAAUGUGUUUUGAAGAGUUCACGACCUAUUGCAAUUAAGCGAUUGUACAACCAGCAUCCGCACAAUUUAAGGGAAUUCGAGACUGAACUUGAAACAAUUGGCAGCAUUAGACACAGAAACCUUGUCACCUUGCAUGGAUAUGCCCUCACUCCCUAUGGAAACCUCCUUUUCUAUGAUUAUAUGGCAAAUGGCUCACUCUGGGAUCUUCUUCAUGGUCCCUUGAAGGUAAAACUUGAUUGGGAAACACGCUUGAGGAUUGCUGUAGGAGCAGCUGAGGGACUUGCUUAUCUCCAUCAUGACUGCAAUCCUCGAAUUGUUCACAGGGACAUAAAGUCUUCAAAUAUCCUGUUGGAUGAGAACUUUGAGGCUCAUCUCUCUGAUUUUGGCACUGCAAAGUGUAUCUCAACCACAAGAACUCAUGCAUCAACUUAUGUUCUUGGAACUAUAGGCUAUAUUGACCCAGAGUAUGCUCGAACAUCUAGGCUGAAUGAAAAAUCAGAUGUAUAUAGCUUCGGCAUUGUUCUACUAGAGCUACUUACAGGGAAGAGGGCAGUGGACAACGAGUCUAAUUUGCAUCAAUUGAUAUUGUCAAAGGCAGAUAACAACACUGUAAUGGAGACUGUGGAUCCAGAGGUCUCCAUUACAUGCAUUGAUCUGGCUCAUGUGAAGAAGACCUUUCAGCUUGCUUUGCUUUGCACGAAAAGGAACCCUUCUGAGAGGCCUUCCAUGCAUGAAGUAGCCAGGGUGCUGGUAUCACUACUUCCUGCACCUCCGAGUAAAAUCCUUGCUCCCCCUGCAAAGAACUUUGACUAUACUCAUUUUGUGAUUGAGAAGGGACAACAAAAAUUGGAAGCGCAACAACCUCAGCAAGAUAACAAUUCAUCCAAUGCUCAAUGGUUUGUUCGUUUUGGAGAUGUUAUAUCCAAGAGCACUUGACCCCUGGUACCUAUGUACCUUUAGGAUUCGUGUCAGACAAAAGUGAUGUUUCGGUAAAAGAUAAUUGUUUUUUGUACUUUUUUUUGGUGAUCAAUACAUCAUCCUUUAUAUGCCUUGAACGAAUAGAGGAUGGACCACAUGGAUAUAGAACGUAUUAUGGAGCUCAAGUUUCUACUGUAUAUCUUAUCAGCACUGGUUAUUAAUAUUAUUACCUGUUGAAUGAUUACUCUUUUUACCGUAAUACGGUAGAAUAUGGUCUGGCUAUUUUUUUUUUCUGAAAAAAUAUACGAUACGAUUACUUCAAGUAUAAUCUUAAAUAGCCAAUGUGCCCUUAUUUAUACUAUGAAUUGUGAAAUUGAAAAUUAGUUUAACAAUAACUUUAUCAAGGGCUACAUAUUACGAGUUGUACAAUUUACGAAAUAGUAAAUGUGCUGAUUCUAUUGAAGAAGCAAAAUUAAUGUAGUUUUGACUGUUUGAAAAAGCAAAAAAGUUUUAUUUUUGUGCAGUACUAGUUCAUUAUUUUUUAAAACAUGAAGUGUAAUAUCAUUUCAGUAGAUUAUUCUUGCUCUAUACUAUGGAUGAGGUAUAUCUUAUAAUUUCUUCGUUUGUGUCGUUAAUACAAUUAAAAUCUGACAAAGGAAAUAUGUAAAGUUCAACGUCUUAAUUAUAAUAUAUAGUAAUGAGUAGUACAGCUAUGUUUUAGGCAAAACCUGAAGAUAUGUUACAAUGUAAGCAAUCUCAUCAAAGAAAACCCAUAAAUUGUACAAGACUUGACAGUAAUUUAAAGAAAAUCCAUAUUCAGGAGGCAGAUGGGCAUCAUGGUCUAGAGAACAGUCUUGGUACUUGUUCUUUUCAACUACAUCAUUACUCUGACCAGGCCAUUUUCAGUCUAGGGAAGUACUUUCUCUUCAGCAAUGCUUCAAUCAUAUGGCUGCUGGUUACACUGGAGAAGCAUCCAAAAGCUUGCUUUCUUGUGAUUUUCUGCACAAUUCAUUGAGAGGCAAAAGAGUACGAGUCGGUUUGAAAUAUAGUUUUUUGCAAGAUCAUAACCACAUUACAAUUUAACCGCACUUGAAAGGGAAUCAAUAUAGACAGGGAUUACAUGAUUUCAGAGAUUGUCCCAUAUGGCCUGAUAAAAUAAGAUUGCAGAUUUCCUACUUUAGAGGGAGUCCUAAAAUCUUAUAGUCAUGCAUAUUCAGGUAGUAAAGUAAAGAAAUGUUCCUUAUUGAUCGUCGUCCUGAUUAUUAUUAUUAUUAUUAUUAUUAUUGAAAGAAAAAAAUGGGGUGUCGGAUGUUGUUACCUUUGGUGGAUCCCAUUUUUUCAUUUGAACUGCUUUUCUUCCGUAGCUUCUUCUACUCAUCAUAAUUAGCUCUCCAAGUGUUGGUGGCCUCCUAACCAUGUCACUGACACAAUCUUCAUGAUCAAAAUCUUUCGAGGAAGCCAGACUUGAAGACACCUGUUCUAAGUGCUCAUCCCUUUCAAGGAAGCCAGACUUAGGUGGAUACAAAGGAAAGAGGCAUUCAAGGAAAGUGGCACCAAUUGGACUUGACCUGCCAGUUGCAUAACUACUUGUGCUACUAUCUGUCUCUGAGGAAGCUGGGGAAGAUGGAGUUUCGAGAUGGUCACUGUUACGUUUACACAAUGAAUUUUUCUGCAGUGGAAUAGCUGUUGCAAUUUUUGUUGAUGACACAAGACAAUUUGCAAGUAAUGAGGGAACUGAGCUGAAUGAUUCGUCAGCAUCAAAACUAAAUGCUUCAAAGUCCAAGCUAGUUAUGCUUUCACUGUCAUUAUUGUAGCUUCCACCCUGGUGAACAUUCUCAAUGCUGCUUUCUUUAUGUUUGUCAUCAUCAUGGCCAUAGUUGCAUGCAAUAGAGUAUCCUGAAGAUGAUGCUACAUGAAUAAGUAUUUUGUGUGGUUUUGGAGGCACAUGAUCUACUGAUACAUGUGAGAAUUUAGGAAGGGGUUUUCCAGGUUUUUCUUCCCAAACAAAGGGAACUGAGGCUAUUUGUUUGAGUGGAGUUUUAGGGAACUGGUCAACUGAAGAUAUCUGUGGCUUCCAAUCUUUCUUAGGAAUGCCUGGCUUUACUUCCCAGAUGAAAGGAACUGAAGGUGGUUCUCUAACGUGUUUUUUCUUUCUUGUUUCAUCCAUUUUUCAUUGCUCUUGUGAUUUUGCACUAGUGCAUUUUAUAGUAGUUGAAAAGUAGUGGUUUAGUACCAACUUUUGUUAACUGUACCAUUUUGUUCUCCUAGAGAUUAGGCAUACCUGCCCCUCCAUUUAUCCUUUGGAGCAAGUUGACUUGGAAUAUUGCUCUGCAUACUUCGGAAUCCAUAACUCAAUACUUUUUUUAUUGUCCUCCGUAUUUUCUUUAUCUUUUUCCACCUUAUGUUUAUUUUUUCCUAAACAUAUACGUACACUUUGAUAAUUAUUCUUGUUGUGUGAAACUAAAAAAGGUUGAUUAUUUAAUUUUUUAGAUUUUUUUUUCAAGAAAACACAAUUAUUAUUGUUUUAUUUUCUUUUACAUUUUGUUUGUACAUCAGGUUAUCCUGGUUUGGGCCUAGCUUUCAGACUUAAAAUGACUUGAUCGAAUCUGAGUCUUUAAAUAUUAACAUAAUAAAAACAUAAUCUUGUAUCAUGUCAAUUUAAAUCCAGCUCAAUUUAAAAAUUAAAAAGUCUUUUUUGAUGCCCUCAAUGUGCAAGCAGAGUAUUCACUAGACCGAAGUGUUAGGUAUAAUGAACGAGGUUAUUACAAGUGACAAACAGUUAUCGUUUAAGUAAACGGAAGAUUCUACCACACUCCCUCUCAGAAUCAGUCUCUGAAACCCAAUCCCU